AUGAAGUUCAUCGUUAUAUUGGUGGCUCUCGUAGCCUUGUGCUCCGGCAAUGCCAUUCCCACCAUCCCUGGAGACAACAGCCACUACGUGGAGGGAGUGAGUCGUUACAUAUGGAUGCCUGAUGGUGAAGGUAAACCCGUACUAGUGGACCUUGAAGAGCCAGUCAAUGAAGAACUACUGGAAGCGACCAGAAAUGGAGCCAACAACCAGUACUGGUUGUUCACUCGGAGUAAUCCUAAUAACGCCCAAGUCAUUACUCAUAACAACGUCAACUCUAUUAGAAACUCCAACUACAAUGGUAACCGCCCCUUGAAAGUUAUCGUCCACGGAUUAAACAACAAUGGAAACACUGCUAUGAACCCUCUCAUCACAUCAGCCUUCCUAGCUGUUAUGGACUGCAAUGUAAUUGUAGUCGACUGGCGCGGUCCUGCGAACUCAGGCUACACUGCAGCCUUUAAUGCUGUCCCCAGUGUGGGACAACACCUCGGAGACUUCCUCACCUGGUUAAUCAGAAACGGUGGCGGUAACUGGAACCAAGUACAUUUAGUUGGAUUCAGUCUCGGUGCUCAUGUCGUCGGCAAUGCUGGACGUAGAGUCGGAAGUCAAAUAGCCCGUAUUACAGGUCUUGACCCUGCUGGCCCUGGUUGGAAUAACAACGGCAACGCUUUGAACCGCAAUGCUGGUCAAUACGUUGAAGCUAUCCACACAGAUGGUCACCUCCUUGGUAUCUUCAAUCCUGUUGGUGACGCUGAUUUCUACCCUAACGGUGGUAAAAACCCUCAGCCUGGUUGUUGGGUGAGCACAUGCUCCCACGGCCGUGCGACUGAGCUGUUCGCCUCCACCGUGCGCCACAACCACUUGAACGGCAGACAAUGCCCCAACAUCUGGGAAGCUGAACUCGGAACCUGCAAUGGAGCUUCCUUCCGUAUGGGCAACUCCAUUAUUUCUAAACGCGGGAGCGGUCUUUACGCCCUAAGAACUGGAUCAAGCUGGCCUUUCUAA